GGUUGCAAUCGAAGUUUUGGCGCACGAGAAGCCUCUGUGUUCUGGGAAAUUGUCAAGUUAAUGGUUGUGUUUGGUUGACGAAAGCGCGAUUAAACUGGACCGCAGAAUGAAGCUGAGCACGGACGCGCACUCCGAAAUCGAGGGCGAUGGUGCCCACGGCAAUGUGCUGUGCAAUCCCGCGUCCGAUUCCCUGGCCGCCACCGACGAAAUAGCUGCGGGCAACGACGAGUCGGUGGCCACCGAAGGCGACGAUGUUGAAAUUCCGAAGGACGCCACCAACAGUACGCCCGUACGGCGGCUGGUCAAGCCGCAUCCCGGCCAGAACAGCGAGCAGCCGGCGGGGGAGGAGUCCGAGCUGGAGAGUCAGCGGCGGACGCCAGUCCAAAAACAGCCACAACAGCGUCUCUCCAUGGUGAACAGGAAACGAGAUCUUAUCAACUUGCAGUCGGCCCUGAGCCCCAAAUAUAUUGGUUAUGCCAAUGCCAACUCACCCACGCCGCUAUCCGAUUCCGAUGACACGAUACGAACGACGAGGCGGCGCGUUAACCAAGCGGCUCUGAAUAACAGCAGCAGUGCCUGCGAGACCCUGUCCCGUGACAAUGCCUCACCAAGGACCACCGGGGGAGGAGGAGGAGUUGGGGGAAGCGGUAACGCUAAUCAGCUGCUUAGCAAAACCUAUAUGAGCCCCAUUGAGAAGCUGCUAAUCAAAAACGGCGCCAGUUCGCCCAACAGCACCGGCUUCGAGGCGGACUCCGAGGACCUGGCCAUACGGCCACCUGUUCGCAAGCAGCUCAAGCGCAAAAUGAAGAGAAUGUCCAAGUCGAAAGUGUCCCUUGACCUGGAGCCGGAAAGGCUGGAUGAAGAAAAGCCAGUGAAAACGGAGCCACUAGAUAUAGGGGAAGUUGACCUGGCAGAAGAAGCUCCAAAUCAAGAGGUUGAAACUUCCAAGAUCUCCAUCAAACCAGAGACUGAGGCUGAGAAUAAAGCAGUCGUUGAAGAUGUUCAUAUAAAGCAAGAGGAUGCUACCAGCUUAGAUAUGGUUAGCAAUAUAGUAGAGACCACGCCCAUAGUUGUCACUGAAGAGCCGAAAGAACUGGAAAAAAGUACUAAAGAACUGACAUUUGCCCUGCCAUUGGCCGCCUCCACAGAGGUGGACCUGAAAUCUCCCCCGGACUUGAGCUCUUCAGCGCUUGCCACCUCCAUCAAAUCCCCCUCCUCCGUGAGCAUCGAUAGCGCCAAAGGCCUGUCCAUAGUAACUGAUCCCGGUUGGCCCACCUACCAAGUUGGUGAUCUGUUUUGGGGCAAGGUUUUCUCGUACUGCUUCUGGCCAUGCAUGGUGUGUCCGGAUCCGCUUGGCCAGAUUGUGGGCAACAUGCCGAGCCAUCCUCAGCGCUCAUCCCUUGACAACGCCAUCGUUCCAAUUCAAGUGCAUGUGCGCUUCUUCGCUGAUAACGGACGGCGCAACUGGAUUAAGCCGGAGAAUCUGCUAACCUUUGCCGGACUGAAGGUUUUCGAGGACCAGCGCGAGGAAGUGCGAAUCAAGUAUGGACCGAAGAGCGCCAAGUACCGUCAGAUGGUGCCCAAGCGGACAAAGGUUGUCAUCUGGCGCCAGGCCAUAGAAGAGGCUCAAGUUAUGACCGAGAUCCCAUACUCCGAUCGCCUCGAAAAAUUCUACCAGAUCUACGAGAACGUGGUUACUCUAAAUAGACAAAAACGGAACCGAACCAAGUCAAUGAUGCAGGACACUUCCGACGUGGGCAGCAGCCUGUACGACUCCACGGACAACCUGCACAACAAGCAAGCCACGCAGUUGUUGGCCGUGAAGCGAGAACGCUCAGAGUCGCCCUUUAGCCCGGCUUUCUCGCCCUUAAAGAGCAAAAACGAGAAGCGAGCCAAGCGCCGAAAACUAAGCAAUGGCACCGAAGCGGAUACUGGUAGCACCAGCAUGGCAGUAACUCCUUCCCAGACCGAAAGCACUUUGGAAAAGACCCACUCGCCUGACGGCUCCAUUUACGAGAAUCCCGAGUUUAGACAACUAUUCGAAGCCGUCAAGGAAUACGUAAUGGUGCACCGUUCCGAGGAAAAAGUGGAGAAGGUUCUGCUCGCCGUGGUGAGCAAUAUCUGGUCCCUGAAGCAAAUCCAAUUGCGCGAGCUGGAACGCGACUUGGCCAGCGGCGAAAUGGAGGAGCCGUUGGGCUCAUCGGUGGUGGGUCGUGGCAAUGGAGUUGGCACAAUGAAACGGCUCUCGAAUCGCCUGAAAACCAUGAUGGUGCGCCGCAGCAUGACCCCAGUGGUGACUCCGAGUACAACGCCAGCACCAUCGGAGCCAGAUCGUCGCCUGGCGGAAGCGCCGAAGCCCAAAAAGCCCGUCAACCGGCCCAUCGAAGAAGUGGUUGAAGACAUCUUGCAGCUGGACAGCAAGUACCUCUUCCGUGGACUUGGACGCGAUCCCAUUUGCAAAUAUUGUUACCAGGCGGGAUCCGAUCUAGUGCGCUGUUCCCGCAGCUGCUCGAGCUGGCUCCAUGCCGACUGCCUGGAACGAAAGGAGACAGGAGCUCCGAUGCCUAAAAUAGGCAGUCGAAAGGCCUUGGUCAUUUCACCCACAUCGAAAUCUCCCAGUCCCGAUGAGGAGCAUGUAACAGCCGACGGCAAAGUGGCAGCCGGUAGUACUACGCUGGUUUGCCAUGAGUGCAAUGUAGGCGAACCGGAAGGCUGUGUCAUUUGCCAUCAAGUUGAAUCACCAGCUGUACCAAGCACACCCAUGAAGGAGGAGGCACCAUCGCACAUCCCAUUCGAAGAUAAGCUCCUUACAUGCAGCCAGCCUCUGUGUGGCAAGCGGUUUCACACGAGUUGCUGCAAAUAUUGGCCGCAGGCGAACAGUAGCAAACUCUCAGCUCGUUGCCCGCGGCACGUGUGCCACACAUGCGUGUCUGACGAUCCCAGCGGUAAGUUCCAGCAGCUGGGCAGCUCCAAACUGGCCAAAUGCGUUCGCUGCCCGGCCACCUAUCACCAGGACUCACAUUGCAUUCCAGCCGGCACACAAAUGCUCAAUGCUACCCACAUAAUCUGUCCGCGGCACAACAUCGCCAAGGCGGAUGCCCAUGUCAAUGUUUUGUGGUGCUACAUCUGCGUCAAAGGCGGCGAAUUGGUAUGUUGCGAAACAUGCCCCAUUGCUGUGCACGCCCACUGCCGGAAUAUUCCCAUCAAGACCAACGAAAACUACAUCUGCGAGGAGUGCGAGAGCGGUCGCCUGCCGCUUUACGGCGAAAUCGUGUGGGCGAAGUUUAACAACUUCCGCUGGUGGCCGGCCAUCAUCCUGCCGCCCACCGAGGUGCCCAGCAACAUACUAAAGAAGGCCCACGGCGAGAAUGACUUUGUGGUGCGAUUCUUUGGUACGCACGAUCAUGGCUGGAUUUCGCGGCGUCGCGUAUACCUCUACAUCGAGGGGGAUACGGGCGAUGGCCACAAGACCAAGUCGCAGCUGUUUCGGAACUACACCACCGGCGUGGAAGAGGCGUCGCGCUUCCUCAAGAUCAUCAAAGCCCGCCGGCAGGAACAGGCCAUUGGACGGCAGAGCGGUAAUAAGCUCCAUCCGCCUCCAUACGUGAAAAUCAAGACCAACAAGGCGGUGCCGCCGGUGCGAUUCACACAGAAUCUAGAGGAUUUGAGUGCUUGUUACUGCCAGCCGGACGACGAACAUCCUUGCGGUCCGGACUCCGGUUGCAUUAACCGUAUGCUGUUCAAUGAAUGCAAUCCGGAAUUCUGCAAGGCGGGCAAUCGUUGCGAGAACCAAAUGUUUGAGCAGCGCAAGUCGCCACGUCUGGAGGUGGUCUACAUGAACAAGCGGGGAUUCGGACUCGUCAACCGUGAGCCCAUUGCCGAGGGUGACUUUGUCAUCGAGUACGUGGGCGAGGUGAUCAACCACGCCGAAUUCCAGCGGCGCAUGGAACAGAAGCAGCGGGAUCGGGACGAGAACUACUACUUCUUGGGCGUGGAAAAGGACUUUAUUAUUGAUGCGGGACCGAAGGGCAACUUGGCUCGGUUUAUGAACCAUUCGUGCGAGCCCAACUGCGAGACCCAAAAGUGGACCGUCAACUGCAUCCAUCGUGUGGGCUUAUUUGCCAUCAAAGACAUUCCAGUGAACACGGAGCUCACCUUCAACUACUUGUGGGACGACUUAAUGAACAACAGCAAGAAGGCCUGUUUCUGCGGAGCAACUCGGUGUUCCGGUGAGAUCGGUGGCAAACUCAAGGAUGGCGCAGUUAAGGAAUCGAAUGCGCAGACAGCCAAGGGAAAGGCCAGUGCCAAGUUAAAGCAGAUACGGCGGGGAAAAGCAUCCGCCGUUCGCAUCCACGUAAAGGCUAAGAAGGCUCCCAAGGUUAAACACAUAAGUGCGGACGAUGAGCCAAUGGAUGUGAAGAAUGAGUAAUUGAUGCCAAUUAGUUAAGUAUCGCUUAAACUCUAGCAACUUUUUUUAACAUUACAUUAUUGUUGUAUUAUGAAUCAUUAUUAUUAGCUUGCACCACAUGUAUUUAUUUCCUAAAAGUUAUGACUAUGUUUUUAAGACAAUCUAGCGAAGAUUGUGCUGCCCAGAUUGUACUGAAAUAUGUUGUGAAAAUAAAGUGAGAAGAUUAUUGUA